AUGGGCGUUCUUCCAACCACGACUCGAGACGCACUCAAAAGCCGAAUUGACUCGGCCUGCAGCGACCCAGACAAGGGCCUACCGGGCGCUGCUGCAGCCGUUGUUGGAAAGGAUGGCAAGCUGUUGUUCUUCCACGCUGGAGGAAAGAGAGGACAUGGAAGCCCCGAGCCAUUGGCAGCCGACAGUGUCUUUUGGAUUGCAUCAUGCACCAAAUUGAUUACUGGGAUUGCUUGCAUGCAGCUUGUGGAACAAGGAAAGCUGUCUUUGGACGAUUCCAAGGAGAUUGAGCGUAUCUGCCCGGAGUUAAAGGAAGUCCAGGUCCUGCAAGAGAAUGGGUCCCUAGUUGAGAAAGCUAGGGGCAUUACUUUGAGGAUGUUGUUGACCCACACAGCCGGCUUUGGAUAUGCCUUCAUGAACAGUAAACUACGAGAUUCCAGUCGUCCCAUUGGCUUCGACGAGUUCUCGGGCUAUCUCAGCGACUUCAAGCAGCCUUUGGUGCACCAGCCAGGAGAGGCUUGGGAGUAUGGUGUAAACAUUGAUUGGGUAGGCGUUGUCAUUGAACGUGUCACCAAGCAGACCCUGAAUGAAUACUUCCACCAACACAUCUUCGAGCCACUGGGCCUGACUCAGAUCUCCAUGCUCCCCACCUCAGCCAUGAAAGAUAAACUUGCCUACAUGCACCAGCGAGACUCAGCCGGGAAAGUCUCUCCUCGGGAUCAUCUGCUCCGUCGACCGCUGACCGUGGAAAACAAAUCCGAUCAGGAAUCACUCUUCAACAGCGGGGGAGCUGGAUGUUUCUCAACACCCCAAGAUUAUUGCCAAAUCCUAGCGGUGCUCCUGAAUGACGGCACCUCGCCAAGCACCGGAUCACAGCUAUUGAAACAAGACACCGUGGAUGAAAUGUUCCGCAACCAAAUCGCCAACCUUCCCCCCCUAUCUGAGAAGUACAUUCCAGAUGCAAAGCCUGACCUGACAAACUCCGGCACGGGACUGCACCCAACUGUUUCGGGAGAUCGUCAAGGUUGGGGACUGACCUUCCUGCUAAGCGGGGGCUUGACGGGUCGUUCUAUCAGCACUGCUCAAUGGUCUGGCCUUCCUAACCUUUACUGGUGGUGUGAUCGUGAAAAUGGUCUCGCGGGUAUAGUCUGUGCGCAGAUCCUGCCGUUUGGUGAUGCUCAGGUUUUCCAGCUUUACCAGGAUGUUGAGGCGGGUGUUUAUCAAGGUCUUGCAUCGGUUUAG